UUUAACCAAAAAAAAAUUUCAACUGUGUUUUUCAUCCAAAAAAAUUAUUAUUAUUAGUUUUAUAAAGUGCACCCAAAAUUUGUGUGUUUUUUGUCAACUAAUUAAWAAAAAAAUAUGCCACCGCUGGCACCGCAAUUGACGGCCAAUUUUGACGACAACACCGAUGAUGGCCACAAUAGUAGUCACAAUGAUCUCAAAGAGACCGCCGCAGCCGCCAAUGCCGCCGCCGGCACUGAGAUCAACAACAACAGUGUUGUGAUGAUAACCAACUCAACAACAACUACUAGUAGUACAAACAUUCACGAGGACAGGGAUGUAGUGAAAUGUAGUGAAAGCUUAGUAGACACCACCACCACUACAACCAUCGGCAACAACGGCUCAUUCAUAAUCAGAUCGAUAGGCAAAUCCAAUGUCCGAUAUAUUUAUUUUACCAAAGGAUCGACUAUUGUCUGGAGGAAUGUCCUAUUAUUUUUUGCCUUACAUAUGGUCUAUAUGUUCAGCUAUUAUGUAUGUCUGGCCAACAGGUGUUGGUAUACCUGGAUAUUCGGUUAUUGGUGGGGAUUAGCCGGAGGUCUCGGAGUGACUGCCGGUGCCCAUAGGCUAUGGUCUCAUCGGUCAUACAAAGCCCGACUACCGCUUCGUAUACUACUAAUGGUAUUUCAUUCAAUCGCCGGACAGAACAAUCUGUACGAAUGGUGUCGCGACCAUCGGGUCCAUCACAAGUACAGCGAAACGGAUGCCGAUCCGCACAACUCCCGGCGCGGCUUUUUCUUUGCCCACGUCGGUUGGCUACUGACCCGAAAACAUCCGGACGUCAUCAUCAAAGGCAAACAACUCGACUGUUCCGAUAUACUGAAGGAUCCGGUCGUCAAAAUACAGAAGAAUUAUUACCCGUUAUUUUAUCUGGCAUUUUGUUUCAUACUGCCCACAAUGAUUCCCGUCUAUUUCUGGUCAGAAAACUGGAUCAAUGCCCUGAUUGUCGGCGUCCUCUGGAGAUACUGUACAGCAUUGCACUGCACUUGGUUUGUCAACUCUGCCGCUCAUAUGUUUGGCGACAAACCAUAUAAUCCUCGAAUAGAGCCCCGAGAGAACCCGUUUGUUUCAUUUGGUGCCUUCGGUGAGGGUUUUCACAACUAUCACCACGAGUUCCCAUUUGAUUACAAGACCAGCGAAAACGGUUGGCGACUGAAUGUGACGACAUUUUUCAUCGACUGUAUGGCAUUCAUAGGCCAGGCCUACGAUUUGAAGUCGUUAUCGCAGAAAAUGAUUGACGAAAGAAAACGAAGAGUCGCCUCAAAAGCAUUUUAAUACUAAUAAUUAAUUAAUUAAUUAUUAUUAUUA